AUGGGAGACUCCUUUCACUUCAUCGAUGGCUACCAACCCAGCAGGGAAUCCAAAAGACUGAUGCGCCGCCAUGUGAUGAAGGGUAAGAAUAUCGGCAAGACAAUACAACGAGGAUCACGGUCCGGGAAACAGGCAGAUUCUGUUCAGAUUUCAUACUCAUUAACUGCUGCGACGCGGUCUGAUAGAGGAGAACCUUCCCUGGAUAAGAACCCCAAACCUUGGUGCCUACGUGGCAGUGCGUUUGAACACCCAUGCCUCACCAUAUUGUUCCCAGGGAUGGAGAUUACUCCAUGGUCCGUGAAAAUUAUUGAUAAAUUUCAAUUUUACAAUGAGACGUUUAUUACCUCUUCAGCUCGGGCUUUCACUAGAUGA